CUACAUAAGCGGGCUGACGCAACCACUCCAGAUAGUCCAAGAACCCUCCGCCGAGUCCUACAAUCCCCCCACACUUGAGUAAAUCUUUGUCUUUUUUUUUUUUUUUUUGCUCCAUCCUCUGCGGAUUUUGUUUCCUUCAUUUAGGGCGCACAACAGUGUGCAGACAGUCGAACCAUUGACAGAAGAACUUCUCUCUGACGGCGGUGGUGGCCGGGUUGGACAUGAUGCCGGGACAGAUACCGGACCCUUCGCUGGCGGCGGGCUCUUUGCCCAGCCUGGGCCCGCUGGCGGGCAUCUCGGCCACUACGCUCACCGACCAGCUCAAGCUGGCCGACUUCCACCAGCUGGGAGCCAUGUUCUCGCCGCUGCACUUCCUGGGGAGGCUGGGGAAGAGGCCGCUUGCAAUCAAGACGGAGAUGGAUGAAGACGAAGACAGGAGGAAACGCAGGCGAGAAAAAAACAAAGUAGCAGCGGCACGAUGCCGAAACAAGAAAAAGGAGCGAACAGACUUCCUCCAAAGGGAAUCGGAGCGCUUGGAGAUGGUGAACUCAGAGUUGAAGGCCCAGAUCGAAGAGCUCCGCCUUGAGAGGCAGCAGCUCAUGGUGAUGCUCAACCUCCACCGGCCCACUUGCAUCGUGAGGACCGACAGCGUCAAAACCCCCGAGAGCGAGGCCAACCCCUUGCUUGAGCAGCUGUCCACCGAUGCCAAAUGAAACCGGCGGCGGAUGGGAAAGGGACACGCACUGAACUACCCCCCUAGUGCCAUUUAACAUUUCUAUGUAAGCACUUGAGCUCCAUGCUGGACAUUAUUUGGAGACUCUGCUCAAACACCUACUGCUACACGAGCUGGCUCUGUCCAUGGCAAGACUGGAAAACCCCCAGUUGCAUCUCCAGUGUCUACGUCUUGUCACCUGCUGUGCCUCGUCACUUGAAACCAGCUACCAAAGGGACCAAUGGAAAGUCUGCAAGCGACGCUGAUAUCAUCCUGGUGCUCCCCCAAAAAUGCCCUGAGCAGACUGGACGCCAUCGACUGUUUGUAUGCCAGUUGAACACACAGAGUAAGCCUUUUAGUUUAGGAUACAGCGGAUGUAAAGAUGGCAGUCACAGCGGUUGAUCCGAAUUGUGGUGACGCUGGCGUCAUGAAAUAGCACAUAUACGCAAAAAAACCUGUUUGCACCCAUGAUGUCUGUUAUUGUUCUUUUUAUACAGAUUUGUACACAUAAACAUAUAUGAAAUGAAAUGUUGAUCA